AUGGAGGGGAUCCAGAUCGAGCAGAGGGAAGAAGAAGGUGAUACCUGCACAGUGGGUGUUGGUGUGGUGUGCGGAGUGGGGAUGGGGUGUUGGUGUGGUGUGCGGAGUGGGGAUGGGGUGUUGGUGAGGUGUGCGGAGUGGGGAUGGGGUGUUGGUGUGGUGUGCGGAGUGGGGAUGGGGUGUUGGUGUGGUGUGCGGAGUGGGGAUGGGGUGUUGGUGUGGUGUGCGGAGUGGGGAUGGGGUGUUGGUGUGGUGUGCGGAGUGGGGAUGGGGUGUUGGUGUGGUGUGCGGAGUGGGGAUGGGGUGUUGGUGUGGUGUGCGGAGUGGGGAUGGGGUGUUGGUGUGGUGUGCGGAGUGGGGAUGGGGUGUUGGUGUGGUGUGCGGAGUGGGGAUGGGGUGUUGGUGUGGUGUGCGGAGUGGGGAUGGGGUGUUGGUGUGGUGUGCGGAGUGGGGAUGGGGUGUUGGUGUGGUGUGCGGAGUGGGGAUGGGGUGUUGGUGUGGUGUGCGGAGUGGGGAUGGGGUGUUGGUGUGGUGUGCGGAGUGGGGAUGGGGUGUUGGUGUGGUGUGCGGAGUGGGGAUGGGGUGUUGGUGUGGUGUGCGGAGUGGGGAUGGGGUGUUGGUGUGGUGUGCGGAGUGGGGAUGGGGUGUUGGUGUGGUGUGCGGAGUGGGGAUGGGGUGUUGGUGUGGUGUGCGGAGUGGGGAUGGGGUGUUGGUGUGGUGUGCGGAGUGGGGAUGGGGUGUUGGUGUGGUGUGCGGAGUGGGGAUGGGGUGUUGGUGUGGUGUGCGGAGUGGGGAUGGGGUGUUGGUGUGGUGUGCGGAGUGGGGAUGGGGUGUUGGUGUGGUGUGCGGAGUGGGGAUGGGGUGUUGGUGUGGUGUGCGGAGUGGGGAUGGGGUGUUGGUGUGGUGUGCGGAGUGGGGAUGGGGUGUUGGUGUGGUGUGCGGAGUGGGGUGACAUUGGGACUUUCAUGA